AGGUAAAAUGUCGGACAAUUGUCUAUCUGAUACAUCCACACCUAUACAGUCGCCCGUUCGGUCCCCUGCUAUACCUACGCGAUGUUCACCGCGAGAAAAGACAGUCAAAUCCCUUGCAGAACCCCUCUUCCGGGCAGCAAAGAGCAAGUGGAGCUCUCAAAUGGAUCAGGUUUUAUGUAACACAUUAUUGGAACAAAUCGCGCUGGGAAGGAAAGCCGACAAUGGCUUCAGAAGAGAAGCAUAUCAAGUUGCGGCCGAGCAAGUGACAAGACAAACAGGGGUGCCUGUCACCUGGCAGAACGUACAAAACAGACUCCGAUAUCACAAAAGAGAGUACAAUGUUGUCAGGGACAUGCUUGCUGCUAGUGGAUUCGGUUGGGACAAUGAGCGUAUGGUGGUAACUGCGCCAGAUGAAGUAUGGGAAGAGUAUCUCAAGUCACACCCACGAGCUGCAAGACUAAGGGGCAAGAGGAUCGAGAGAAUGGAUGACCUAGGGGUUAUCGUCGGCUCUGAUCAAGCGACCGGACGUUAUGUAAAGGGAUCCAGGACAAUGGCUGCAUCGUCAUCUAGGAUUAAUCGAGAUCUGAAUGAGACUUGGACGGAGUUAGAUGGCGAUCUUGACGAUCAUGUUGACCUCUCUGAUGAUACGUUAGGGGAUUCUAUAGGGACCAUGCGUGGUCAAUUUUCCUCGGACACACCGAGCAUGCCAAAUCGAUGCUAUCGCGGCACUCCCACUCAGACAUCUGAUACAGAUCAUGGCCGCAGUGGGAGUGGGAGUAGCACCAAAAAACGACAACGCCCACCUCGACCAUGUGAUGUACUUGGCGUUUCUCUAAGGUCUGUUGCAAACGCUAUGCGCGACUUUGGGCUAGGAAAGGAGGUCAACAGAACUAGCAAAGUUUUGGAUGUCCUCGAAGAGGUGCAGGGCCUAACCAACUCUGAGUUCAUUGAAGUUGGUCAGCUCUUAAGUAGAGACGAGAACAUGGCAUCCUUCUUUGUUAGCCUACGCCCUGAGCGCCGCGUGGAUUGGUUAAAACAAACCCUCCGAGAGAAGUUUGGUGAUGGUGCUAGUGGUUCCAUGAAGAAGGAAAAAUAUUACGUUGUUCUAGUUGGACGUCGUGCAGGGAUUUAUCUAUCUUGGGAAGAGGCCCGAUUGGAAGUCGAAGGAUACAGAAAUAGUAGGUUCCGGGCCUUCAAAAACUGGAGAGAAGCUGCAGCUUAUUGGGAGAGUUAUCAUUCUGGCACCAUUGCUGAAGCAAGUAUAGUAUCGCCACACACCGAGGCACCUGCAUCCCAUUCAAAUGAAGGGCUCGCCUCCCGAAUGACGUCAUGGUCGUCGACCCAACAGACGACUCGAACAGUGGUUUCUCGUGCGACUUCAACGGAUGAUGCCGACGUGUCAAGGGGUGAAACGUUAGCUGCAUUGCUAACGGGUAUUGUGGUUGUGUUUUUUAUUUUGUAUAUUGUCAUCAAACUUUAA